GUUAGAGGAGCCAGCAGAGGGAGGAGGGAACAUCAAGGUGAUAUUACAGAGGGAAGACCAUUGCGUGCAUCCCAGAAAAUGGAUCCCAUAGAGAAAUUGAGCAUGACGCUUUCCGACGCCUAUGCACACAGGGCGGGGGUUAGUCUCAUAUUCGUGUCAUCAGUUUUACAGCCAGCUGAAUGAACAUUGCACUUUAACCUGAGAACUCGACUGCACCCGAUCCAGUCACGGAAGAGCCAGUGUCCCGUGCCCUGACAGAAGCCUCCCCUGACUCAGCGGGGCCAGGAGUUUCCCGCUGUCCCCCAGCCAUGGUUUCUCAGCGCUGCCUGCUCGCUGCUAGGGAUGGCGACCUGGAGGCACUAAGCAGCCUGGAGGCCAGCGGGAAGCUGAACGAGAGCAUCGAGGAUCAGCUGGGAGCCAGCCCGGUCCACCACGCCGCCAGGGCGGGCAGGUUGGACUGUCUGAAAUUCCUCGUCACCCAGGCGAAGCUGCCGGCGAACAAGCGAGCGAGAAACGGAGCGACUCCCUGCCACGAUGCCGCUGCCACUGGGAACAUCGAGACGCUGCAGUGGCUGACCCGGGUGGCUGGCUGUGACAUCCAUGCCUGUGAUGACUACGGCGCAUCUGCCCUCCACCUGGCAGCUCGGUUUGGCCAAUUGGAUACGGUCCAGUGGUUGCUGCAGGAGGGCUGCGAAGCCAUGAUGGAGACGGAUACCGGCGCAGUGCCAGCACACUAUGCAGCAGCAAAAGGAGAUUUGUCUUGUUUGAAACUCCUCAUCGCCCACGCCCCAAGGGCUGUGAAUAAACAGACUCAGAAUGGUGCCACCCCUCUCUACCUGGCCUGUCAAGCAGGCCACCUUCACAUUGCUGAGUACCUGGUGAAAGAGUGCAAAGCCAACUUGGAUCUACGAGCUCAUGAUGGCAUGACAGCUCUCCAUGCAGCUGCCCAGAUGGGGCACUGUGCCCUGGUGGUGUGGUUGAAAUCCUUCACAGAUAUUGACCUGUCCGCACAGGACAAUGAGGGAGCAACUGCAAUGCACUUUGCUGCCAGUGGAGGGCAUGUUGGGACCUUGGACCAAAUAAUAAGGAUGGGGGCAAGGAUCCGAAAGGACCACUGGGGUGGGACACCCCUACAUGAUGCUGCUGAGAAUGGACAACUGGAGUGUUGCCAGAUCCUCAUCAUGAAUCAAGUGGAUCCCACGAUUCGAGAUGAUGACGGCUAUACUGCAGCAGAGCUGGCCGAUUACAAUGGGAAUGUGGAAUGUGCCGACUACUUGAAGCAAGUUGAGAAACCACCGGCACCUGGUGACCCUCCGGCUCCUGUUCAGAGACACGAAUCACUUCGGAAAACAAAGAACAUUGUGAGGCAGCAAAGCGGUGGUGACUACUACAGAUCCAUCCACGAGGGUCGCAGGGAGUCACGUGACCUUCAGAAAGGAAUGGAGAAUGGCAAGAAUACAGUUCUGGUGAAACCCACAUCUGCUCAAACAUCUCCACCAAAGCUGCCCUCACCAUCCCCCUUGAAACCAGCAGCCCCUGAGUUACCAAAGCAGAACCAUCCGAACCCAAGUGGUGGGAAACCCAUCAACACAGGACAUCACAUCGAAAACAUCCGUGCAAGCCUCGUAGACGAGCUCAAGUUAGGAAAGACAUUAAAACCAACAGGGUUUGGUCGGAAUGUGGCUCAGACAAGCCAAAGCCGAACAUCCGAAGAGAAGCCGAAAGAGAAUGGAUUAGCAUCACUUCCUGUGAAUGAGGUUGCCAGCACCGAUGUUGAUUUGCUGGUGCCCACUCAUGAUGAGAAGGGAUGUCCCAUCCCGGAAUGGAAACGGCAAGUGAUGGUACGAAAACUACAGGCACGACUGAAGGAUGAAGAAGAGCAACGGAGAAAUCACAUGGGAAAUGGUUAUCUACAGACGGAGAUAUGGAGAUACUCCCAGGAACACAAAGCCAUACUGGGCCCAUUUGGAGAGCUUCUGACAGAGGAAGACCUUAUCUACCUGGAGAAGCAGAUCGCGACAGUCCAAGUCAUGCAGAAGUGUCAGGGGUAUGAGGGGGAGCUGAAUCAGUUGGCAGUACAGCUACGAACCAUUCUCCCUGCUCCCAUAGUCAAUCUAACAGUCAGCAUUCAGCCUUUGUGUCAGGAUUCAGGCAUGGAUAAGCACUUGCCUUUGCCUGUAUGGUGCAGCAGGAUAUCUGGCAUUGUGAGGACUGUGUCACUGCUUCUGUCAAAUCUGAAUGAGAAAGACUGCGCUGAGCAACACGACAGCAAGCAAAUCACUAGAAUGCCAAAUGUGGAAUUAGCAGCUGUCUUCUCACCAAAGCCUGACCACAUGUCUUCAAGAGACAAAGUGGAGAAAGAGAUCCAGCAGUUCGGUGUCUCCGUACGCACACUCAAAGCAAACUUUGAAAAGCAGUGUGUGAUGAAAGAAAAAGCAUUGGCACACUCUGACACUCAAGAAAAUCAGAGAGGUAUGGCGAUGGAGGAUGAGAGCAAUGGGGCGUCUUACUCAAAGUCUUCUGAAUGUGGAGAUGUGACUCAAAGUACAGAGAAUACUCAUGAUGAUACCCUCCAUGAUGAAGAUGGAUCCCUGCACGAGGUUAUCAACAGGUCUCAGCAGAGUGAAUCAUGUAAAGAACAGUUGCCUGAUCCUGAGCAGUCAGACAGGAUGGAGGACAGAAGUGACUCAAGAGUUGCUUCACAGGCUGGUACAGCUGAAGACGGCGCUGCACAUUCACUUGUGACAGAAUCGACUAGUUUGAGAAAAGAAAGAAUAGUUGUGUUAUUCCUGGGCCACUGGAAAAAGUCAACUUACGCCAUGUCUUUGGGAAUGAAAGCCAGAAACUUGCGUAAAGCUGCCAUUGUUGAAGACAGGAGUGAGGCGCCCGAUGGGGGCGAGAUGGCUGAAGUGGGGGAGAGUAGUCAAACACCAGAGUUGGAAACGCAGCUGGAACCUCAAUCUAAGCAAUCCACACAAAAUGGGAAAUUUAGGCAUCUGUUCCUACAGCAAAGGACUAUCACCAAACUCAUUAGUAAUUGGAGAAAUAUCAUUUCCCAUGUUCCAUCCAGACAGAUCAGGCGACUGAACCGGCAGAGGAUCACCUACUCCCCUGAGCAAUUUCUCCCUCGUGUCAAUGGUGUUCCCGUUGAUCACAAUAGUCUGACCCUUGACCUUUUCAUGCUGGGAUACUUUCACAUCCUCGAACUUGACUUGCCCCCUGAUGAAAGGAAGAUGAGACAUCUUCUAUGCUUUGAGGUGUUUGACCACUUGGGGACGUUCAGCUGGGACUUGGUCCGUGCGUUCCAUAAGACCGUCAUCGAGGAGAUUGACGCUGGCAAAAGGGAAUGGAAGGAUGGGUUUGACGACAUCAAGCAGAGGUUCUUCAGCAACCCUGAAAACAUGGCGGCUGCCAUGAGCUCGUCCACCCAGCCUGAGACAGCUAUGAGAACAGUGCCUAAAGUUGUCGUGCAAAGUGCCACACCUGAAGAGGAUGAAAUGCCCAUAGGGCAAGGCUACUCCUCUGACCUGGGACAUUUCAGCAAUGAUGAGAUUUGCAAGUACAUCGACAGAAGCUUUGCUUUCUGGAAGGACAAGGAAGCUGAAAUUUUUGAUUUUGAGAAGUAGCCCAUCUGAUGGUCUGGUUAGAAUUUCUACAGCUGUUGGGGGAAUAGUUGGGUUAGUUCUCUGGCCCAAAUGGAUUUAAGUUUCGUAAAAUUGGGCCUUUGUGACCUAGAAUAAAGGGAACACUUUUUUUUUGGUGCUAGUAUAGUCUUUUACUGACUGCAUUAUGUUGAGUCCUGACUAGUGCCCGAUUAACUAUAGUUGAAUGUUAACAAACCACUUAACCAGCAGAACCCUGUAACCCACAUUUCAUUAUGAACAGAAGCCAAUUCUCCCCUCUCCAUAAUGAUGUUACCAUUACAAUAACCUCAAACCUUACUUGCACUCAGUCCAUGUAUAUAGAUAAAAUAAUUGUGCAAUUUCUGGGGAUAGACAUCCAACAGGAGCAGUUUAUUUUUGUAAAAACAGACCAAGUAAAACUAAACACCAACAGAAUAGCGUGUAUUACCAUAAUGAUUCUUCUUUACAAAUAUUAGAAUUCCAACAGAUUCAGUGCACUAAAUAAAGUGAUCUUAUCAUACAGCACUACCAAAUCAAUCAAGCUCAUAGAUAGCAAUAUAACCUGCCUCUCUUGACUGCAAGUUGGGUACAGUAAGGUGCUACAAUGCAGUGUUAAUCUAUCCAAUCAUGCAAAUCAAGAAAUCACAUAGUUAGUUAUAGCUUCACUCUUUAAUAUAUACAUAAUACAAUAUAAAUGUAUUGAUCCCUCGGUGUAUCGAGUUAAUAGAUCACUUUGGGUUAAUACUGUUCAAGGCCUAUAGUAAUACUGCUAUAGACUAAGCGCAACACCAGACAUGUAUCUCAGAUUCCAGCUGUGCAAAGAAUUCUUAAUGUGACACACUAAAGAGGCAUGCAUCUAUACCAUAUCUUACAACAUCAAUUAGAAUACUUUAAAGUGUAUUAUAACCAAGAAUUUUUUUUUUGCAGAGCAGCAAGUGUUAUUUAGGCAAACGUUGCAGAGGAUUUGCACAUAGCAAGAUACUGUAAAAAUAAAUGGAAUGAAUGUCUAGUUAAUCCAUUUGGUUUCCUCAAAUAAUUUGACACCAAUGUUGUUUAGGACAGCAGAUAAAAUUCUUCAUUGGCAGCCGGUAUCUCUGAUUGGUGUGUUGUUGGAAACUUGUAACCAUAACAGGGCUUGAAGCAUGACCUUCCAACUUGGGUGAGGAGGAUGCUAACUGCACCCAAGUAGAGCAAAUACUAUUUCCUAUAAACAAUGGCAGGUUAAAAAUCAUCAGCAAAAUGAGCUUCCGUCCAUCUGUCAUUACUGGUAGAAGUUGAAUAACUAACUCUGUGCCAGAAGAAACUAAUUUGUGUGAAAAUAUAAAUAUAAUCAUGCCUAAAGUGCUUCGAACAUAUAAAACUCCCUUCACAUUUUAAAAGUCAUUCACUUCCACUUGGUAUAUUUAUCAAUACUACAAUUCAUGAGUAAAAGAAAAAGUAUCAAUUGAGAAAAAAACCCAAAAUAAAUUUCAACUGAUUUGACUAGAAAGUGGAUUGAAAUUAAAAGUAACUUGUUGAUUUGUUUGUCUAUGUGGUUCAUUAUCUUUGUAUAUAUGAACUUGCGUAGACACAUUCAUGAAGAAGGAAGGAUAUGAAAGAACUUUCAUUUAUCUAGCACCUCUCAUGACCCAAAAACAUUCUAAAGAACAUAACAGCCAAUGAAGCACUUCCUGAAGGAUAGUCACUAUUGCAAUAUAGGAAACAGAGUUAUAUAUGUCAGCUCUCCUAAGAGAGGAAUCCCUACAUAGCAAUGAAAUAAAUGACCAGAUGUUUGUUAUAGUAAUGUUAAUGCAGACCACUCCUAAUGGUCCAGGCCACUUACUGAUUCAAAAUAAAGUAGAUGUGCCCUGUUUCAUAGCAAAUUUCAGGAAUAUUAUCCACUUUAUUCAAUAAUUUAAUCCAACAGCAUGAGCAUUCUAAAUACUAUUGUCUUUCAGGGUCUUUAUGAAGAGGUUGAGUUGGUUCCAGCAAAGGUUCUGCUGAGGCAAUGGUGUCAGUUCUUACAAAACCCCUGAUCUUCUUGUGAUUGUGUGUCACUUUUUGAUUGUUGAAUAAUUAAAUAGAAGUAAAUGAUUCUAAAACGAUUCUUAUGAUUUGAGUGGAAAGUUGUUGCUUGUGGAUAGAAUUUAUCAGCCCUGACAGUGGUUUGAAAUUCAGCCUGGGUGCAGCAUGUAACCAGCUUUUCCAUCCUUUGUGGUUGGGGUCAGUUGACCCUUGGUUAGGACAAUUACUUGGUAGCCAUCAAAAAAUGUAUAACAAAUCUCGCAAUAUUGCAAUCUGCAGCCCUUUAAAUGCUUUCAUUGCAUCACCAAGCCAUGGCUGUUCCAAAAAGUGCUCAAACUCACUCACUGGUUGAAAGAGAGAGAGUGAGAGAGAGGGAGAGGGAGAGGGAAAGGGAGAGUUUGUUUGGUAUCAGGCAAACAGAAACUCUACCAGUGUGGAGUUCUGCACGAGGUUGGAACCCUUAAACAACGGCUUUGACCGCAACAGAUAUCAGAUAAUCAAGAUUAACAAAAAGUGCAAUUUGAUUUUUGCGAUCCGUUUACCCAUCGAAUGUGACUGCCGUGCUUCCAAUGACCAAGAUGUUGAUGGUAAGAAUUUUCCAUGUUGUCAGAAUUUGAUCUAACUUCAAGGUUUCUUGGAUUUGUCAAAGAAUAUGGCCAGAGGGUCAGAUUAAUUUGUGAUUAUUUCAGAAACAUUAAAUACAGUAUAAAAAUAUAAAGCUUCGCAAAACAGGCACGUUUUACCAGCUGUGACAGGAUUUAGUUCCACUGUUAACUUUAGAUGUGGAGCAGGUUAAUCAGUGUGACCCUGGCUGCCUUUUCCUCUCUGUUUUACUGUGGGGCAGCUUUGUCUUCUGGGUUCUGGUAUGACAUCUUUAUGUUCUUGAUGGUCAUUGUACUCUUUAAUUCUGUGACCUGAAGUCAGGUUUUUGCCUGUGCUGUUUUUAUCCUGUGUUGACCCUGAAGAUUAUCACACAAUAAAUCCAUUUCUACCCAAUGAUUGGCUGUGGACUUGCAAGUUUACUCUGAAAUUGAUCCAAGUCACACACAACCUGAUCAAUCUUAAGCUGCCUUCUUGAAUCAAUAAUUUAAUUUAAAACCCAUAUUAA